UCUAAAAAUCAGAAAGAGACAAGUUUGGUUGAGUUAAUGAUAAUAUAAAUAAAGAACAAGGUAGAGUAGAUAGAAAAGAGAUAGAGAGAAAGAAAAAAAACGAAAAUGGAUGUGAAGAAAAUAGUAGUGGUGGUAGAAGAUGUAGAUGCAGCAAGAACAGCCCUAAAAUGGGCUCUAAUAAACAUCAUUAGAUAUGGUGAUAUAAUCACACUUCUUCAUGUUUACAAUUCUUCUAACACAAGAUCAAGAAGAAGAAGUAGAAGUAGAAGCAAAGCUCGUCUUCUUCGCCUCGACGGUUUUCGAUUAGCACUUUCAUUUCAAGACAUUUGCAACGAUUAUCCCAAUACAAAGGUUGAGAUUAUUGUGACAGAAGGGGAGAAUGAAGGAACAAAGAUUGCAGCUACUGUGAGAGAAAUUGGUGCUUCUAUGCUUGUUGUUGGACUCCAUGAUCAUAGUUUUCUUUACAAAUUAGCAAUGGCCCAUUCUCAGAAUAGUAUAUCAAGCAAUUUCAACUGCAGAGUACUUGCAAUUAAACAACCUACUCAUCAUGGUGACCAACUAAGUCCCAUGAUAGAUAGUUCAACCAACUUGGACUUUUCUCAUAUUGACAUUUCUACAUUACAAGUUCCUCAUAGUCCAUCACAAAAAAUUCCAUACAGAAUCUGUCCAAACCCAUCUGCAAUUAUUUGGAGAUCAAGAAGAACAAGGAGAAGCUGAUCAAAGGACACAAUAUCUCACUUCAGCAUUUUCUUUUUCUUCUCAAUAAUCACACAUACAAUGUAUACAAUACAAAAGAAAAAUGCAAUAACAUAGUAGUAUAAUUUUAAUUUCUUCAUUUUCUGAUUGUGUAAAGGAUUUGUUACAACAUUUUACAAAAUCCAUUCAUUGUUGUCACUUGUCAAAAAUUAUUAUACGAAUCUUGCACAGCGUAGAUAACGCCGAAGAUGCUAUGACAUGUUUCACUGA